GCGCCCGGGCCGCGGGACCGCGGGGCGCGAGAGCGCGAAAGCGGGCAGUGUCGCGCGCGCGGAACCGCCGCCUGGUUGCUGCUCCGCGACUCUCCCGGAGCCGUUCGUGUUCCCGCAGGAUCACCGAGCAGACAGAUUUUUGAAAAUGCUAAGUAGGAAAUUUGCCGACGGUGAGGUGGUAAGAGGUCGAUGGCCUGGGAGUUCGCUUUAUUAUGAAGUAGAAAUUCUGAGCCAUGACAGCAACUCCCAGCUUUACAACGUGAAAUACAAAGAUGGAACUGAACUUGAAUUGAGAGAGAGUGAUAUCAAGCCUUUAACCUCCUUCAGGCCAAAGAAAAGUGGCUCGACUUCUAGUUCUCCCUCCAGACGCCGGGGGAGCCGCUCGAGGUCUCGCUCCCGGUCCCCUGGCCGGCCCCCAAAAGGUUCCCGCCGAUCCGCCUCAGCGUCGUACCAGGCUGACCUGAAGGAAGCAAGGAAGGAAGCCAGGAAGGACAUGUUGGAAGUUAAGCUGACUCCGCUGGUGCUGAAGCCAUUUGGAAAUAGCAUCAAUAGAUAUAAUGGGGAGCCUGAGCGCAUCGAGGGGAAUGAUAUACCUCACAAAACCACCCAGGAAAAAUUCCAUUUGUCACAAGAGAGUAGUUAUGUACCUACACAGUAUAGCCUUCGUGCAAGAAGAGAAGAGAUCACAUUAAAAGAAGUAGAUUCGAAGGAAGAAAAAGUUGUCACAAAAAGACCUGCGUUGUUGAGAACCUCUGAAGUGACAGCCAUACAGUCGAAGGACUUAGAGUUUGGAGGAGUACCUGGUGUUUUUCUCAUCACGCUUGGCCUGCCGGCCUUCCUCUUCCUGUUGCUGUUGAUGUGUAAACAGAAAGAGCCCGGUCUUCUGAAUUUCCCACCUCCACUGCCAGCUUUGGGUGAUUUAUGGGAAACCAGAGUCUUUGGGGCCUACCUCCUCUGGUUUCUUCUUCAGGCUCUGUUCCACUUACUGCCAAUUGGAAAGGUUGUAGAAGGAACACCUCUUACUGAUGGAAGAAGACUCAAGUACAGAUUAAAUGGAUUCUAUGCUUUUAUCCUGACAUCUGCACUCGUCGGAGCGUGUUUCUUCUGGAAUGUAGAGCUUUAUUAUGUGUACCGUCAUUUCCUUCAGUUUGCACUUGCAGCCAUUGUUUUUGCCGUGGGCUUGAGUGUUUACCUCUAUGCCAGGGCUUUGAAAGCGCCCCGGGAUGAACUGUCGCCAGCCAGCUCUGGAAAUGCCAUCUAUGAUUUCUUCAUUGGCCGGGAGUUAAACCCUCGGAUUGGUACUUUUGAUCUCAAGUACUUUUGUGAAUUGCGUCCCGGAUUGAUUGGAUGGGUGGUCAUUAACCUGGUGAUGCUUUUGGCUGAGAUGAAGGAGCAGAAUCGCACUGUUCCAUCAUUAGCAAUGAUUUUGGUCAACAGUUUCCAGCUCCUGUAUGUGGUAGAUGCUCUCUGGAAUGAGGAAGCAUUAUUGACAACCAUGGACAUUAUCCAUGAUGGAUUUGGAUUCAUGCUGGCUUUUGGAGAUUUGGUGUGGGUUCCAUUCAUCUACAGCUUCCAGGCCUUUUAUUUAGUCAGUCAUCCAAAUGAACUGUCGUGGCCAAUGGCUUCUCUAAUCAUUGCUCUGAAACUAUGCGGAUUUGUAAUCUUCCGAUGUGCAAAUUCUCAGAAAAAUGCAUUCCGGAAAAAUCCCACUGAUCCUAGGCUUGCACAUUUAAAAACCAUUCAUACUUCCACGGGGAAAAAUCUUCUUGUUUCUGGAUGGUGGGGUUUCGUUCGCCACCCCAAUUACUUGGGUGAUCUCAUCAUGGCCCUGGCGUGGUCCCUCCCAUGUGGUUUCAGUCACAUUCUGCCUUAUUUCUAUGUGAUUUAUUUCACCGUCUUGCUGGUGCACCGGGAAGCCCGCGAUGAGCACCACUGUAGGAAGAAGUAUGGCCUGGCGUGGGACAAGUACUGCCAGCGAGUCCCCUACCGCAUAUUCCCCUACAUCUACUGACUCUGCUCGGUGCCCUCUAAAUACUCCUGCAGUGCUAUCUUCCGUUUGCAAAAACAAAAAAAAAAUCCAAAAUGAACCUUCUUUCAUUGCACUGACAGAAUCUGUACAUUUCUUUUUCAGGCAGGACUAUAGAUAGAGCCAAGUAGUAAGUCUUUUCAUGUAGCCAUGUUUAUUAAAUCAUAACAAUUAACAUAAGGAAAAUAUAAAUAGAAUUUGCACUCUUAGGAAAUUUUUAAUCUUUAAAGAUCUGAGAACAUAAAACAGUCUUAUAAAUGCACUGAAUACUAUUGAUGUUCAGGAUUUUUGAUUACCUUUCAAAUUUUGAUUCUUUUGUCCAGUUGGUUUGGUUUUUGUCUUAAAUAAAAACACUGUUACAUUUUAAAGUUCAUUUAUGUUUUCUUACAUUAAGGGGAUAGAAUUUUCAUUUGUUUCCCUUUAAAUUAAAUCAUUUUCUAGUUACAUGAUUUGAAAGUAAAAACCGAUUGUCUGUUCAAUGCUGUACGGGAAGGGGAAUAACUGAUAGUGGACACUGUUUAAUGAAGACCAUUAGUAGUGGUUUGCUUAACCUCAGCUUCUAAAACUGCAUUUGAAACUGUAAAUACAUAGCUUUUAUGUAAUAUAUGGUGACUUCAGGUUUUUCUGUAUAGUGUUUUGAAUGUGAAAUAAUUUUCAGACUAACUUUGGGUUGGCCAGAAUAUUCAUUUGGGUUUUUCCAUAAAAAACCUGAACGAAUUUUUUAUCCAACCCAAUAUCUUUUAAACAAACAUUUGCAGUAUUUUAAUUAAGUUUUGUAAAGUCAUACAUGUUAAUUAAACAUUUUGAAACAAGGAGAAUUCAUUUACUAUUGUAUGAAAGAUGCUAUUAAAACAUAGGAAGGAUAUUUUUUCCUAAUCCAAAGUUUGUGAAUUUGGCUUUGCUACCUCAAUUGCAGGUGUUUGUUGGCCUUUAUAAACUGUUGCAAAUAGAAAAAUAGAAUAAAUAUAUAUUUUUGGAGUAACAUCACUAUUUAAACCUUUUUACACAGAUUGGUGUUUAAAAGUUUGCCAUUUCCAGAAAGGCUAAUAUUUUUGUAUGUUUAUGACUUUUUUAAUUAAACUGUGUUUUUGCUACUGUUAGUUCAUGCAGUGUAUACUGUAUUUUGCAUAUCUUUUAUAUUUACAAAACUCUACUCCCUGUUAAGGAGUGUUGUGUUCAUCUUUCGAAAUCUAUUUAUCUAAAAGCAAUUUAAGGGAAUAGUUUAAAAUCAUUUCUUUUGGUUUAAUAGAUGUGCAUAAGAUAGCUUUAGCUAUUAAAUUCUACUUAAGUUGAUAUAGUCUCAUUAUUAAUUGUCCUUUAAUGGAACAGUAGCAAAUUCACUAAGCUUUCAUAUUCAGAGUUAAAUUGUUCUCAGUAUCUUAAACAUAGGCAAAUCUAAUAAAUAUAGUCUGUAUGUUGGGGUUUUCAAUUAUACAUUUUAUAUAUGAGCCAUUUAGAUAUGCAUUGUUUAUUCUGUGCUACAGUUUGAAGUGUAUAUAACUGUGCUUGUGUUGAUGUGAUCAUGAAGUUGGUUUGCUCAAGCAUUCCACAUCCUGUAAUCUUUAAAUGUGGUUUUGGUGAAAUUGUCAGUGUUUAUUAGUACUGAUGUAUGCAAGCAGUUUUUUUAUGCUUUUCUUCUGGCAUCAGAAAAUGUUGUCCCAGCUUGUUCUAUACUAGAUUCACCAGUGAAGCAUUAGGGGAGGAGGAAGGAUCAUUAAUUCUUUGCUUGUUAAUGAAAAAAGGGCUGUUACCAACACAGUGCUACAAUUUGUUUUUAAUUUGUUUUUGACUUUUUUUUGGACAAGUUUUAUAAUGAAGUUUUAAGUUGGAAAUAAAGUUGAAAAUAAAGAUGUUGCUUUGACCA